GAACAAAGCAAAGGCAACCAAAGUGAAGUCAAUACCAAGAACAUAAAAACCCACAAAAAACUCGUCGAUCGCGAAUUUCCCCCCUCGAAAUCGAUCAAAAAACGCUAUGAUCCCUAACGGAGUUGAAGAUGAAGAGAAAUUUCUAGCAGCUGGAAUCGCCGGCCUUCAACAGAAUGCUUUCUACAUGCAUCGCGCUCUUGAUUCGAAUAAUUUGAAAGAUGCACUCAAAUAUUCAGCUCAGAUGCUAUCGGAGCUCCGAACUUCAAGGCUUUCCCCUCACAAAUACUACGAGCUAUAUAUGCGGGCAUUUGAUGAAUUGAGAAAGCUAGAAAUUUUCUUUAAGGAGGAGACGAAGCGGGGUUGCUCGAUUGUUGAGUUGUAUGAACUCGUUCAGCAUGCUGGCAACAUUUUGCCUAGACUGUAAGUUGUAGUGAUGAUCCAGCUGUAUCUUCUUCUUUUGCUCGAUUUCUUAAAAGCUUUAUCUUGUAGUUCUUCAGCAACUGAUCUUAUGUUUGCGAAUUGGCUUAAAGGUUGUACUGUGUAACUAUUUCAUAUGUCUC